AGUGCUUCUCAGGCGGCCGCGCGUCGCGCUGCCCCAGCCCGCUUCGGGGGCUCUGGCAUCCGCAACUUUGGGCGAAGCAGCCGGCAGCCCUGCUGCCCUCACGGGGCCACUGUCCGCGCGGGCAUCGGGGGCUUCGCUUGGCCAGCAGAGCGGCGGUCGUGCAGGAGAACGCGCCUUGGCCACAGCAGGGCGCCCCUCGGACCCGCGCGGUGCCGUGUCCGGCAGGCCGGAGGGGGUGCCCUGUGCGCAGCGUCAGGAAAGGGGGCGCCAUUCGCCAGCCGGGACCCGAGCGGGCGCGCCCCGGGGGGAGCCGGCCAGGAGAUGGCCGCCAGGCAGGAGUGAGCCUCUCGCGCCCUCACCAUGCAGAAAAGCGUGCGCUACAACGAGGGGCACGCCCUGUACCUGGCCUUCCUGGCCCGAAAGGAGGGCACCAAGCGCGGCUUCCUGAGCAAGAAGGCAGCCGAGGCGAGCCGCUGGCACGAGAAGUGGUUCGCCCUCUACCAGAAUGUGCUCUUCUACUUCGAGGGCGAGCAAAGCGGCCGCCCGGCGGGCAUGUACCUCCUGGAGGGCUGCAGCUGCGAGCGGGCGCCCGCGCCGCCCAGGGCUGGUGCCGGGCCCGGUGGCGCCCGAGACGCGCUGGACAAGCAGUAUUACUUUACCGUUCUUUUUGGCCACGAAGGUCAGAAACCACUGGAGCUGCGCUGUGAGGAGGAGCAGGAUGGUAAAGACUGGAUGGAAGCUAUUCACCAAGCCAGUUAUGCAGACAUUUUGAUUGAGAGGGAAGUAUUAAUGCAGAAGUACAUUCAUCUAGUUCAGAUCGUAGAGACAGAAAAAAUUGCAGCUAACCAACUACGGCAUCAACUUGAAGAUCAAGAUACAGAAAUCGAAAGGCUUAAAUCAGAGAUUAUUGCUCUUAAUAAAACCAAGGAACGAAUGCGGCCUUACCAAAGCAAUCAAGAAGAUGAGGAUCCAGACAUCAAGAAGAUUAAAAAGGUUCAGAGCUUCAUGCGGGGAUGGUUGUGUAGAAGGAAAUGGAAGACCAUUGUGCAGGAUUACAUUUGUUCUCCUCAUGCUGAAAGUAUGAGGAAGAGAAAUCAAAUUGUGUUCACUAUGGUCGAGGCUGAGUCCGAGUAUGUUCACCAGCUCUACAUCCUGGUCAAUGGCUUCCUCCGGCCCCUACGAAUGGCCGCCAGCUCCAAGAAGCCCCCUAUCAGUCACGAUGAUGUCAGCAGUAUUUUUCUCAACAGUGAAACAAUCAUGUUUCUUCAUGAAAUAUUUCAUCAAGGACUGAAGGCAAGGAUAGCAAACUGGCCUACUUUAAUUUUAGCUGAUCUGUUUGAUAUUUUGCUCCCCAUGCUGAACAUUUAUCAAGAAUUUGUGCGUAAUCACCAGUACAGUCUCCAAGUGCUUGCCAAUUGUAAGCAAAACAGAGAUUUUGACAAACUCUUAAAACAGUAUGAAGCCAACCCUGCCUGCGAGGGGAGGAUGCUGGAAACAUUCUUGACCUAUCCAAUGUUUCAGAUCCCCAGGUACAUCAUUACCCUUCAUGAGCUCCUAGCUCAUACACCCCAUGAGCAUGUGGAGAGGAAAAGUCUGGAGUUUGCUAAAUCAAAACUUGAGGAACUGUCCAGGAUAAUGCACGAUGAAGUGAGUGACACUGAAAACAUAAGGAAGAAUCUUGCCAUAGAAAGAAUGAUAGUAGAGGGCUGUGAUAUUUUGCUGGAUACCAGCCAAACUUUCAUCCGCCAAGGUUCUCUUAUUCAAGUACCUUCUGUUGAGAAGGGGAAACUUAGUAAAGUUCGCCUGGGUUCCUUGUCUUUGAAAAAGGAAGGAGAAAGACAAUGCUUUUUAUUUACAAAGCACUUUUUAAUUUGUACAAGAAGUUCAGGAGGAAAGCUGCAUCUGCUCAAGACAGGUGGGGUUCUCUCUCUAAUAGAAUGCACCUUGAUUGAGGAGCCCGAUGCAGGUGACGAUGACUCCAAAGGUUCUGGGCACGUGUUUGGACACCUGGAUUUUAAAAUAGUGGUGGAGCCUCCAGAUGCUGCUGCUUUCACUGUAGUCUUGUUAGCACCUUCACGCCAGGAGAAAGCUGCCUGGACAAGCGACAUAAGUCAGUGUGUGGACAAUAUACGGUGUAAUGGUUUAAUGACUAUAGUGUUUGAAGAGAAUUCCAAAGUUACUGUGCCACAUAUGAUUAAAUCUGAUGCCCGUCUUCAUAAAGACGACACUGACAUUUGCUUCAGUAAAACACUCAACUCCUGCAAAGUGCCCCAGAUCCGUUAUGCCAGUGUGGAGCGCCUCUUGGAGCGGCUGACAGACUUGAGGUUUCUUAGUAUUGAUUUCCUCAACACCUUUCUGCACACCUAUCGUAUUUUCACGACGGCAGCUGUGGUGCUAGCGAAGCUUUCCGACAUAUACAAGAGGCCUUUUACCUCCAUCCCUGUCAGGUCAUUGGAAUUGUUUUUUGCCACUAGCCAAAACAACAGAAGUGAACAUUUGGUGGAUGGCAAGACUCCACGCUUGUGUCGCAAAUUCUCCUCCCCGCCACCACUGGCUGUGUCCAGAACGUCCUCCCCGGUGAGGGCCAGAAAGCUGUCCUUGACUUCUCCCUUGAAUUCAAGGAUAGGAGCAUUGGACCUGAGCACCUCCCCGGCAUCCAGCAGUCCUACCACAACCCACAGCCCUGCUGCGUCCCCACCGCCACACACUGGUAAAGUACCGUUGGAUCUUAGCAGAAGCCUUUCUUCUCCAGAACAAAGCCUGGGAUCUUUAGAAGAGCAUUUAGAUAACCCCCGCGUGGAUCUGUGUUACAAGCUAAAACGAAGUAUUCAAAGAGCAGCAGUCCUAGAGUCUGCAGCAGUGGACCGAGCAGGAGGGGAAAGCUCGCCUGCGGCCGACGCCACAGAACUGUCACCUUGUAGAUCACCCUCGACUCCUCGGCACCUCCGCUACCGCCAGCCCGGAGGACAGGCAGCUGACAGCUCCCACUGCUCUGUUUCGCCUGCUUCUGCUUUUGCAAUUGCCACAGCUGCAGCAGGACACGGGAGUCCACCAGCUGUACCCCAGCUCCUACAAAAGAGACUGGCACAAACGCUUAGAUUUAACAACACCGAGAGAAUAUGCGACAAAGAGUUUAUUAUACGUAGAACAGCCACCAAUCGAGUGCUGAAUGUCCUCCGUCACUGGGUCUCAAAGCACGCACAGGAUUUUGAACUCAACAACGAACUGAAAAUGAAUGUCCUAAAUUUGCUCGAAGAAGUUUUGCGAGACCCAGACCUUCUUCCCCAAGAAAGGAAAGCCACAGCAAAUAUCCUGAGGGCUCUUUCACAAGAUGAUCAAGAUGACAUCCACCUAAAAUUAGAGGAUAUCAUUCAACUGACGGACUGUCCGAAGGCUGAGUGCUUUGAGACCUUGUCAGCCAUGGAGCUGGCUGAGCAGAUUACCCUUCUGGACCACAUCGUCUUCAGAAGCAUUCCCUAUGAAGAGUUUCUUGGGCAGGGGUGGAUGAAGCUGGAUAAAAAUGAAAAAACACCUUACAUUAUGAAAACCAGCCAACACUUCAAUGAUAUGAGUAACCUGGUGGCCUCCCAGAUAAUGAAUUACACAGAUGUCAGCUCCCGUGCCAACGCAAUUGAGAAGUGGGUGGCGGUGGCGGACAUUUGCCGGUGCCUGCACAACUACAAUGGGGUGCUGGAGAUCACCUCAGCCUUAAACAGAAGUGCCAUCUACAGGCUGAAGAAAACCUGGGCCAAGGUGUCCAAGCAGACAAAAGCUCUAAUGGACAAACUUCAGAAGACUGUUUCAUCUGAAGGAAGAUUUAAAAAUCUCAGAGAAACCCUUAAAAAUUGUAAUCCUCCAACCGUUCCUUAUCUGGGGAUGUACCUAACGGACUUAGCAUUUAUUGAAGAAGGGACACCAAACUUUACUGAGGAAGGCCUUGUCAAUUUCUCCAAAAUGAGAAUGAUAUCGCAUAUUGUCAGAGAGAUACGCCAGUUCCAGCAGACUUCCUAUCGAAUAGACCAUCAGCCAAAGGUCACUCAGUACUUGCUUGACAAAGCCCUCAUCAUAGAUGAAGAUACGCUGUAUGAGCUGUCGCUAAAGAUUGAACCUCGGCUCCCUGCUUGAAACUUUGGCCUUGCCCCUGAGUCUGUGGAAUUUUCAUGGAAAGCGGGAUGGACAGAACUGCAUGCCAUGCCUCCCACAGUGCAGUGAGGACAGCGGGGAUGGAGACGAAGCCAGUUCUCGUUUCUCCACGGAAGAAGACGGAACCAAACUGGAAUUCUGUCUCCAGCCAGGGAAGCCCAGCUGUUCGGGGUCAAAGACAGAUGCUUCAGACUUGGGUGGGAAGGUGAAAAGAGUGAUAUUUGGUAAAGCUGAUGGCACAUUUUGCAUAAGAGAAUGUAAGAUGGGAGACGUGGUAGCCAUUUUAAUGAAGGAGGUAAGAAGGUUACUUUCAAACUCUGCCCCAGGUUCUGUUAGAACUUGGGGACAAGGAUUCAUGAAAAAGGCUUGUGAUGUUUCUCUGGCACUUUAUUGGCCUGGGUAUAUCUACCAGUCUUCUCCUAGGAUUUAACUGCUUCCGUUACAUUUCCUUUGUUACAAGCUUCCAGAAAAGCUGAGGCUUCCUUUUUAGGAAUGGGCCAACAUAGAAGCAAUUUCAGCCUACAGCAUGUGCAUGGUUUUCAGUGCAUGGAGGAAUAAUGGCAUGUUCUGAACCUGCUUUUUCAGUCUUUAGGCAACAGGGUAAGAAAGACAUGAUGAAAGUCAACUGGAUUUGUAUGUAACAUUUCUUUAAUUAAAAGUCAGUAGGCUGUGCCCCAGAGGAUUCCAGCCAGUAACUGCGUGAGGUGGGGUGGGGGCUUCUUCCUGAGCCUGUGCUGCCCAAGAAGCCAACACCCUCAGAAGGGCAGGUUCAGAGUUUGCUGAAAGGUGUCUGCAUACCUCACCGACAAAACUGUGGAAUAAGACAGAGGCCACAAAGCGCUGUGGGGAAGAGUGGGUUUCAGUAAGUGAAAAGAUACAGUACUCAUAAGUCGUCUCUGCACCUUGCUGUGUUUCUUUUCUUUUCUCCCCCCCUCACAGUAAUGUGGGAAUCGAUUUUGAUUUACACAAACCAUUUUUAGGCUUACUAUGAGCAUUGGUUGUAUUUUUUUUUAAGUUGUUUAGUUGGAUUUUCUUUUGAAAACCCACAGUUGUGUGUGCUAUUGGUAGGCAGUUCUUCUCCAACCAUCUUUGUUUUUAAAAUUUGAGGUAUUUCUUUGUGAAAAGGUUGUACGUGUAUGAGAAAUGGGUGCAACCACUCAACAGCCUUUAUAUCCGAAGACCAACUGCAGGGCUUAGUCCUGCCACCCUACAGAGAGCUCUGCUUUAAAAGGAGAAAGAGAAAAUAUAUACAGUUAUUGUCACCUGAGCCUACUGCACCUGACAUUUUCACUUCGAGGCAUGAAGUAUAUUGAUGCUGACAAUCAAAAAAAUCGAUCUGUCUGGCUGUUUUCCCUCUUUCUUUGCACUUUAAUUAUGUUGUUAGAGCUAACCGCUGACAAAUUCAACUUGCUGGCUCAUAAGACCCAUUGGAAGCACCAGCUUUGAUAACAUACCAUAGAGAUGGAGAAUGUACAUUUUUCCUGCAUGGUAAGGGCCAUCUCUGUACAUAACUAUAUAGUGAAAUAUCAAAUAAGUAAAAGAAAAUAUUUGUAAUAUUUGAAGACCAUUCAAAAACAAUACUUUCAGUAGCUCAUAUUAGCCAACAGUGUAGCACUAAAUCCAAGGAGGGUUACUUAUGGAUGCUGUGGAUGCUUUAUUUUCCUUUUUCACACAAAGUUGCUUGUUUGUUCUCCUUAGUCCCAAAUAAGAGGUUGAUGCAUCUUGAUGCAUGAUAAGAAGCAUGAUUGUUUGGAUCUUAACAGUGCAUAACUGCAAUAUAUUUCUCAGUGUUCAGAAACUGAGGGCUUGAACUAAUAAUACAUGUCAAUUGCACCAAGCACCUAAAGGUCUUGCAGAAGAAAAGGAACGUAAAGGUUAACUUUACAUAGUCUUGGAAGGUGAAUUAAAACCAGGACAAAUCAGUGAAAGGACCAAACAUAUAGUACUUCCAGGCAAAACAAUACAUGGAAAGGUCAUAUGAUUCUGCCUUGGAGUCCCCAAAGUCUUCCAAAAGGGAGGGGAUGAUUCUGUGUGCGCUUUCCCUGGAAGUUUGGACCCUUAUUUCGGUGACCAAAAUGUUCCAGAGCCAUUCUUAUUAAAGGAAAAUUGGAGACAGGAAUUUCCAAAUGCUCUUCUCUCUUUGGAACGCGGAUUUUCCUCAAGUAGUGACAAAGCUUUCACGUGUAUUUCCUGCAGAAUGUUGGAAGCGCCCCCCAAUGGUCAGCUAUGGGCACUGUCAAUUGCUAUGCUGACCUGUAGUGUUUAAUUGAGCUUUACAAGUCCCUCCAGCUUCCUAGAGUCUGAAGCCUUGCUGGAACUGUAAGAGAGAGAAAUCUGCCUCUAAGGGAGUUCCUUCUAAUGACAUGCACCAUUUCUGGACCAGCAGAGGUAGGAAUGGGCAUUUUAAAAACCUCAAUUUGGUCACAUUUAAAAUCUUCAAAAACAGUCUGUGAUGUUUUUUCCAGUUGCUAAAGUACCCAUCCUCUUCUGCUUUGCAAGCUUUGUGUGUGUUGUUGGAGCAUGCACUCCCAGCUACUCGAGGCUGCCGCUGCCUAAAUUCCACUAUAUGAGACCUGUUUCUAAGAGUAGAUGAGAGGUCAACCUCUAACAACCAAGUAGCAAACACUUAUAUUAUUGCAAAAUUAACCUAGAAAAUCAGAAAUAAAACCCAAUUUCAUGCUUGCAUAGAAAUGCCCACAUUUUGUACUGUCAAUGAAAUUAUCUUGGGGCUUUUAGGGAAUGCCGUUGGUUAUUAACUAAGACAUCCAGUUUUGCUACAGGGACAAAUCUCUUACUUAGGCCAAUAUAUCAUGUGACAGAUUGAGGCAUAAAGUAGAAUGUUGUCACUUUUCCUUAGUAUUUCUCUGAAGGAAUUUAAAGAGGGAAUUUUAAAUGACUUGCAAUAUUUAAAGUGGCUCUCACACAAAGUCCCCAUUACUAUUUGUUACAUUUCAGUACAUCUUAAAGUACUGCUUAAAAACAAAUGAAACUCAUAGAUACUGAAUAAUUUGAAAGAGGAAAAUCUAUUCCAUUCCGAUUUGGAGAGUGCAUGUGGUGAUGGCCCAACACGUCUUUUUCUCUCACGGUAUUAUGCAAGACCAGACCUUGGGUCAGCAAUGACUGGGCCACUUUUAAAUUGUUCACUAAAAAGAGUAAUGCAAUAAGAGGGGCUAUUCUCAAUAAAAUUAACUUUUAUUUAAAAUAAAGGGUUUUAUUUAGCUUUUCAAAGUUUGAUUUUAUUCUUCCUGAAAAAAAUCUUUCCCUUUGCUUUAACAUGUAAGCUUUUUUAAAAAAUCCAACCUGUAAAAUUGAUCAUUUUUACUGCUAUUGAAAUGGGAUAAAAUGAUGACUAUUAUUUGUGGUAAAAGAAUAGAUCCAGGCUAAUGUCCACAGCCAGAAGGAAUAAAUGAGUAAGAUCCAUUCUCAUUUCAGUGAAGACAACAGAUUGCAAGUUUGAAUAAUGACUUGAUUCCAGAUGCCACAAUGUGAAUCCUGGUAGUAAGACUUGAGUCAAUGAAAUCUAAUCAGCGUGUCAUUUCUUCAUUUCUAUUAGCGACUUAAAAUUAACACAGGAGAGAGCGACACAGACAACAGUAGAAAGAAGAAAACAGUCAUUGUGUUGUAGAUGUAAACACAUGAAUCACAGCGUUCGUCUUGGCUACCACACAGCAUGGCAUUCACAUUCUGGUUGAUUACUCUUGAUCUCAUCUGCUCAAGAAAAAUAAUAGUUCUACUUAAUGAUGUGGAACCAGUCUUUCACACAACCCAUUUCAUUUUCCCCUAGAAAGACAGUUAUCAAAAAGCAUUGGGCUAGGCUGCCUGGCUCGGAGUCCUAGGCCCAGAUCUAUACCGACAAGCUGGGAAACCUUAGGCCAGUGCUGAAACCUCUCUGAGCCUCAGUUUCCUCACCUGCAAAAUGGAGUUAAUAGUAAUUUCUGUGCUCCCUACCUCACAUGGUUGUCAGGACAAAAUGGGUUAGACUAUAAAGUCCAAAUGUUAGGUAACAUGAUUACCAUCCUCAUGUCUCUUUUGCAGAGGAUUUAAAUGUAUUUCUUUGUUAUUUGUGUGUGUGUGUAAUGGAUAAACCCAUGCGAAGUACAUUGUUUGUGUCCAGUUACUUGGCAAAUCUGCUGACUUUUGUAAUUCCGACAGAGGGGUUUGUGCUGUGGCCUAACACUUGCCUGGUGAGGUGUGGGCUACACCUAUAUACAAAUUAAACUUUAACUUUCUUGAA